AUGGCGCCGGCCGGGCUCGCGUGGCGCUGGUGGUGGGCGGCGGCGGCGGCGGCCUUGCUGGCGGGGGGCGGCCGGGCCGACGAGCACGACCACACGUACCAAGACAAAGAAGAAGUUGUUCUGUGGAUGAAUACUGUGGGACCAUACCACAAUCGCCAAGAAACCUACAAAUAUUUUUCUCUCCCUUUUUGUGGAGGAUCAAAAAAGAGCAUAGAUCAUUACCAUGAAACACUGGGAGAAGCUCUUCAAGGGGUUGAAUUGGAGUUCAGCGGUUUGGACAUUAAGUUCAAAGAUGACGUAAUGCAGACAACCUACUGUGAAAGAGAGUUGGAUAAACCAACAAGAGAUGCAUUUGUAUAUGCCAUCAAAAAUCACUACUGGUAUCAGAUGUACAUAGAUGACUUGCCAAUAUGGGGUAUUGUUGGAGAAGCAGAUGAAAACGGAGAAGAUUACUAUCUCUGGACCUACAAAAAACUUGAAAUAGGUUAUAAUGGAAAUAGAAUUGUGGAUGUGAAUCUGACGAGUGAAGGAAAAGUUAAACUGGUUCCUAACACCAAAAUCCAGAUGUCUUAUUCUGUGAAAUGGAAAAAAUCAGAUGUGAAGUUUGAAGACAGAUUUGACAAGUACCUGGAUCCGUCUUUCUUUCAACACAGGAUCCACUGGUUUUCCAUCUUCAAUUCCUUCAUGAUGGUCAUCUUCCUGGUGGGGUUGGUGUCUAUGAUUUUAAUGAGGACCUUGAGGAAAGAUUACGCUCGCUACAGCAAAGAAGAAGAAAUGGACGAUAUGGACAGAGAUUUGGGUGAUGAAUAUGGUUGGAAGCAAGUCCACGGAGACGUGUUCAGACCCUCCAGUCACCCUUUAAUAUUUUCAUCACUUAUCGGGUCUGGCUGCCAAAUCUUUGCAGUUUCCUUCAUCGUGAUCAUUGUGGCGAUGCUGGAGGAUUUGUACACAGAGAGAGGAUCAAUGCUAAGUACCGCUAUUUUUGUUUAUGCUGCAACAUCCCCAGUGAAUGGCUACUUUGGAGGAAGUCUCUAUGCCAGACAAGGAGGAAGGCGGUGGAUAAAGCAGAUGUUCAUUGGGGCGUUCCUGAUUCCUGCCAUGGUGUGCGGCACGGCCUUCUUCAUUAACUUCAUCGCCAUCUAUUACCACGCAUCCCGGGCGAUCCCCUUUGGGACAAUGGUGGCCGUGUGUUGCAUCUGCUUCUUCGUUAUUCUUCCCUUGAACCUCGUCGGCACCAUCCUUGGUCGGAAUCUUUCUGGUCAGCCCAACUUCCCUUGUCGAGUCAAUGCCGUUCCUCGUCCGAUCCCAGAGAAAAAAUGGUUUAUGGAACCAGCUGUUAUUGUUUGCCUAGGUGGAAUUCUCCCAUUUGGAUCCAUUUUCAUUGAAAUGUAUUUUAUCUUCACGUCCUUCUGGGCUUACAAAAUCUAUUACGUCUAUGGCUUCAUGAUGUUAGUGUUGGUCAUCCUCUGCAUCGUGACUGUUUGUGUGACAAUCGUGUGUACGUACUUCCUACUAAAUGCAGAGGACUAUAGGUGGCAAUGGACAAGUUUUCUGUCUGCUGCUUCAACUGCAAUCUAUGUUUACAUGUAUUCCUUUUAUUACUACUUUUUCAAGACAAAAAUGUAUGGCUUGUUUCAGACGUCAUUUUACUUUGGUUACAUGGCAGUAUUUAGCACAGCCUUGGGAAUAAUGUGUGGAGCUAUUGGUUAUAUGGGAACAAGUGCCUUUGUUCGAAAAAUCUACACUAAUGUGAAAAUUGAUUAAGAAACCUGAACUCUGGAACAGUCAACAUUUUGGGGGUGGGGUGGGG